GUAUUUGUGGAGCUGGAUGAGCUCCACUUUGGAGGUGAGGAUAUGAUGGAGUGGAGAGAAAAGGCCCGGUGGAUCAAGUUUGAGGAGGAUGUUGAAGAGGGAGCUGAGAGAUGGGGGAAGCCACACGUGGCCUCACUUUCAUUUCACUCUCUGCUUGAGCUCAGGAGAGGACUGGAAAAAGGGACCCUUUUGUUAGAUUUAGAAGCGACAGAUCUAACAUCGAUUAUCCACAAUGUGGUGGAGAAUAUGGUGAUCAGAGACUUAGUAGAGGAGGAGGUUCGCGGCAAACUGCUGCGCACACUUCUGCUGAAGCACAAACACCAGCAGCAUGACAAGGGGUUGCUCAAUUCUAUAUCCCAGAGCAGCUUUGGCUCCACCAUCGGCCUCAACAAGUCUCCCAGUCAGGGCUCAGUGGCAGAUAAGAAACACAAGGACAGCAAGGGGGCGGCCAAGCUGGAGAUGGUUAAAGUGGACGUAGACAACAAUAUGACGGACAAGCAGACUGGAGGUAUUCACAUCGGGAUUACACCUGUUGAGCAGAAGAAGCAUGUGCAAGACAUUAUGAAACGCAUUCCUAAAGGUGCAGAAGCCAGCACUGUCUUAGUGGGCCAAGUUGAUUUUCUAAAAGCACCUGCAAUGGCAUUUGUAAGACUGUCAGAAGGAAGAGUUCUGGAGAAUUUGACAGAGGUGCCCUUACCCGUCAGAUUCCUGUUUAUCUUGCUGGGGCCAGAGAAAGGAGGUAUGGAUUAUCAUGAAGUUGGGCGAUCAUUAUCCACUCUGAUGUCCAAUCAGCAGUUCCAUGAAGUCGCUUACAGAGCAGAAUCUCGUGAGGAACUACUCAGAGCCAUCAACAAUUUCUUAGAUGAUUCCAUUGUCCUUCCUCCGGGUGAUUGGGACCAUCGCACUCUCCUUCCUAUCACACACAUGGCCCGCAAACGGGCACUCUUGCGAAAGCAGAAGAAACAACAGUUUGAGGAGGAGGAAG